AUGAGCUACUACUACCAGACCAGCUUCUGUGCUCUCAUCGCGCUUUGUGCCCUACUGCUGGUCUCCCAGCCCGUCGGGCGCAACGAGUCGAAGCGGCAAGCCGAGGCCCGGAAACAGCCCGUCUCACGCCAUGAUGAGCAUCCCGACAAGAACUGGUAUCGCGCCUAUGCUCUCGUCAUGGCCGCUGACUGGUUGCAGGGUCCAUACCUCUACUCACUGUAUAGAGACGAGCAUGGGCUCUCCUCGAGCCUGGCCACAACCCUCUCCACCACAGGCUUCGUCUCGAGUGCCAUCAGUGCUUACUUUGUCGGUGUCUUUGCCGACAAGUACGGCCGCAAAUUGGCCUGCAUGACCUAUUGCGUCUUGUACUCCAUAUCCUGCUUCCUGACCAUCACUUCCGUUGUACCUCUCCUCUUUCUAGGCCGGGUCCUCGGCGGCAUAAGCACGAGCAUCCUCUUCAGCGUCUUCGACAGCUGGAUGGUCACCAACUUCCGCGAGCGUAAACUCGUUGAGAACGGCUGUGACUUGUCCCGGACAUACGCUGCUACGAGCACAGUCAACAGUUUCACCGCCAUUGUUAGUGGCGUCAUGAGUGAGGUCCUCGUACGCCUCACCGGCUCGAGAAAGACCCCUUUCCUGUUGAGUGGCGUCUUGUUGUGGUCCGCACUCAUCAUCAUCUGGUCCCACUGGGCUGAGAAUUACGGCGCCGAGGCGUCGCCCGAGGCUUCGGGGGCCCCCAAGUCGCCCAAUCUCUGGUCCGUCUUCAAACAACCCUCCAUCAUGGCUCUUGUCUUUGUGUCAACUAUGUUCGAGGGCUCCAUGUACCUCUUUGUCUUCUUCUGGACCCCGGCUCUCGAGUCUGUCCAGAAGUCCAGCGGAGACCUUCCAUACGGCUUUAUCUUCUCCAGCUUCAUGGCCUCUUCCACGGCGGCAGCUCUCGUCUUCAACAUCGUCAUGCAAAGACGGGUCGUCAAGUACUCCCGGCUUCUCGUCGGCAUCAUGCUUGCUGCCAACUUCUGCUUCAUGAAGCUUGCGGGACCCAAGACGGAGGACGCCGCGUUCUGGCUGUUCUGCCUGUUCGAAGCUUGCGUCGGCAUGUAUUGGCCGUGCAUCGGCUACUUGAAGGGACGCCUGGUCGGUGAUAGUGAUCGCGCCAAGGUCUACAGCAUCAUGCGCGUGCCGCUGAACGUUUUCGUCGUCGUGUCUCUGAUGCUUGCGGGGGAAAGCGAUAACUUCAACAAAGUCUUUUCGACUUGCUCGGUGCUGCUGACAGCAUCGUUCGCAAUAAUGUGGGCGGCCAGUAUGAAAGAGAGCAUGCCAUAG